AUGCGUUCGCCGCGACUGGCAUUCAACAGAAAAAAAGUGGCGGGAAAAAAGGCCGCGCAAGGACAGGAGAAGUAUGGGAAGAAGGCGGAAGACAAGGCGAAGCAACCAACGCCACGCAAGCGUGUUUCUACCGUGAAAAAAGAUGCGGAUGUUGCCUCUGGUGGAACCGAGCCCGUCCCGUUGGCGGAGAGAGAGGGCUCGGCGACAGGGGGAAACCACGGCGACGCUCCCCGCGCCAAGCAUGCCGCAACCCAGGAGUCCGAGGCGGAGGCAUACCAACACGGACUGACGCUGCUCCAGCCGACCGUGGUCGAGAUUUCUACUGCCGUGGUGGAUAAGGCCAAGGCGGGGGAGCACGAUUCGAUGGAGGAUCUCCAACACAGCAUCGCGGACGUAGGUGGCUCUCCUCCUUCUGGUGGACGUGGGAGGCGUAGGCAGAGGAAGAGCGAUGGGGAGGAAGAGUAUGACACCGCCGUGCCCGGGGACAUCAAUACGCGGUCGAAGAGGCGGCAGAAAACAGGCGGUGCUGACGACGCCGGUGGUGCGGAAGUUGGGACAACGCGAGGCGACAGGGAAGCAAGUGGCAAGGCGACGGGUCAUGCAUUGCGCAAGAAGGGCCGACCCGCAGCGAGGAGAACAUCCGGCGGAAAGAGGGGCAAGAAAGCGGGGGAUGCGGGGGAUAAGGAGGAGGAGGAGGAGGAAGAGGAGGAGGAGGAAGAGGAGGAGGAGGAGGAGGACAAGGAGGGGGGCGACGAGGAUGAGGAGGAGGAGGAGGAGGAGGAGGAGGAGGAGGAGGAGGAGGAGGAGGAGGAGGAGGUGUCAAACAUAUAUGCUUAG